UUCAUCAACUGUGCUGACAUCUUUGGCUAUACAAAGUGUGCUUGCUCGCUUGGUUGUCAUUUGAAAGACACCUACGUUCUCGAUUGUCUCUGUUUAAAAAGAAAAAAAAAAUCUUAGAACAAAAUUAUGUUCCAAACUUUGCAGUUUCAGCAGUUCAAUCCUCUCGACUCACUAGCAGUCCAACGUGGAGCUCCCCGGUCUGUCGUUCAGACUGUGCUCUUGCUUUCUUACUCUUUGAGUGAUGGGAAAGGACGUCUCGUGUUAGGGCCCAGGUCUGGGUUGUUUUGUCUUCCAUCCUCCCUCCCAAAGCAAGAGGAGCCUCCUGCCAGCGCCUGCACUAAUGGGGUUCCUGACGGCGGAGAUCCUGCGCAGGGCGAGAAGGAGCCGCAGCCGGCCGCUGGAAAGCCUCCCAAAGGCAGCGGUGAUGAGCAAGUGCCCCCGCUCCUGCCCCCGCCGCCGCCCGGCAGCCUGCCUCCCUACCCGCCCUACUUCGAGGGAGCUCCCUUUCCUCGCCCGCUGUGGCUGCGGCACACGUACAACCAGUGGGUUCCUCAGCCGCCACCACGGACUAUAAAGAGGACGAGGAGGCGUUUGUCACGGAACAGAGACCCGGGAAGGCUUAUCAUGAGCACUAUCAGGCUGCGGCCCAGGCAGGUGCUUUGUGAGAAGUGUAAGAACACUCUGAACCCCGAGGAUGAAAGCACGGCUAGGCAGAACGCUAAAACAAGGAGGAAGCUAAACAUUCAGGACAAGGAGCAGAAAAAGCACAGUGACUCUGACUACACGGAGAAAAGGAACAAAAGAGAAAAGAGGGAGGACGACAAAUUUUCUGGGGAGCUAGUGCAUCGAACGCCAGUUAUAAAAAUAUCCUACAGUACUCCACAAGGAAAAGGCGAAGUUGUAAAAAUCCCUUCCCGGGUUCACGGCUCAGUCAAACCGUUCUGCCCGGAGCGAAUACUGCAGAACGGAGAGGAGGACCAAGAGGAGAUCGGAGACUCCGAACGAUGUCGAGAAACCAAAUGUUUAAUGGACAAGUCAGCAGGCAGCCAGCUUGCUUCCAUUCCAAAACUGAAGCUCACGCGGCCGGUGCAUUCCAAUGCGGAUGUUCCACCUCCAAAGAUAAGGCUGAAGCCCCAUCGCAUAAAUGAUGGUCAGAGCGUUUCAAUUUAUAAAGCAGAACUUAUCGAUGAAAUAAAUGUCCUUCAGAACAGCAGGGAGACCAACCCUGCUGCAUUUUACAACGAUGAAUCCACAGACAGGGGUUUAGCUGAGAUCUCUUCAGGGAGUUCAGGUGAAGAUGACGACUUUAAAAGGUUUCCCCAAGGUAAAGAUGGACACGAUAACUUGGCUUUCCUUAUGAAUUAUCGGAAAAGAAAAGCAGAUUCUUCUAGUUUAUCGGUGUGUAGUAACGACAGUCUAGAUGAAUCCAAGUCUUCUAGUUCAGAAGUAACAUCACCAGAAAUGUGUGACUUUUUACCUGGUGAUGAUGCAUCUGUCUCUUCAUCUUCAAAAGAUGAGCGUAAAAUUGUGCCACCGUUAACAGUUAGACUACAUACCCAAAGCGUGUCUAAAUGCGUCACCGAAGACGGAAGAACUGUUUCAGUGGGGGAUAUUGUUUGGGGUAAAAUUCAUGGAUUUCCAUGGUGGCCAGCACGUGUUCUUGACAUAAACCUUAGCCAGAAGGAAAACGGGGAACCUUCGUGGCGAGAAGCCAAAGUGUCAUGGUUUGGUUCUCCAACGACUUCAUUCUUAUCUGUUUCAAAACUCUCCCCUUUCUCUGAGUUUUUCAAACUGAGAUUUAAUCGCAAGAAGAAAGGGAUGUAUCGGAAAGCUAUCACAGAAGCUGCGAAGGCAGUAGAGCAUCUGACUCCAGAAAUAAGAGAUCUCUUAACACAGUUUGAAACAUAACUUUGUCACCAGUAUCAGGUAACAGAAGAUAAGAGCACAGCUGUUCUCCUAGAGUGUCACGAAGUCUAAACAUCCUGACUUGCUCCCCAGGAGAAUCUGGAGGUUGCCAUGCACAUGACAGGAGGACGGGUUUCCUUGUCAGAUUGCACUGCUUAUCAUCCGUGAAAGGUGACAGGCACCUGGACGUGGAGCUAGGCGGCUCUUCUGGUGUGAGGCUGGCAGGAAAGUCUUAAGGAUUCCUUAACCUAAGAUGAGAAUUUGACAAGUCAUACGGCAAUGAAGUAGGAGAACAGCAAAAACCGCAACUUGGAAUGUAUUUAUUACCUAAAAGUUAGCUAUUCUUGAUAAAACCCCCAAAAUUAUUGCUGCUGCUUUAUUUUACUUACAGAUUUCACAAACUUGUUAAUUUUAAAGCUACCAAACUUUUACUCAAUGCUGUAUUCUGAGAAAUGUAAUUGGAGCAGGACAUGCAAUAGAACGAAAUCAUUGUAGUGUCUUAAGUACAAUGGACUCACUUUUGUGUCUAUUAAAACUUGGAAAAUGUGCAACACGUAACAAUGGGGCUAUCAUUGCAUAUAUUAAAGCUUUUUAAUGUCGUUUAUUGCA